AUGAUGGAAGAAGACCAUUACGAUACACCGUGGGAAUUCCUCGCACGACCCAACUCAGUACGACUAUCCGCUAUCGAUGCGGCGUUGUUCGCCAAGGGUCCCGCUGCUAGCUCGGAUUCACCGCAAGCCUCUCCACUCCCACAAUCCCCAUCUUUUUCACACCAUUUGGUGCAUAUCGGGAACUCUCCGGUUGAUUCCAAGAGGAAUUCUCUACGAUCCGGGGAUAGACCACGGCGUGUUGAUGCACAAAAUGAAGAGGAAACACUUUUGGAGAGGAAUAUAGAUAGAGUAGGCGCUGAGAAACUGCUUGAAAGUCGAGGAUUAGGCGAUUUUUUAUUGAGAUCUCGAGGUGAAGGCAGUGCAGCUCUAUCGUUACGGGGUGCUACCGGUGUGCUGCAUAUAAAAUUGGAACGAAGGGGUGAUAAAUGGGUGAUCGGUGAAGGUCCAUGUUUUCGAUCGAUCGCCUCAGCCGUACAUUAUUAUCGACGGCAUCCGUUGCCGAUACGAGGCCUUGCUGAACCUAUCGCAAGGCACACUACAAAGAAUAACAUCAAAACUUCGCAACUUAGAACUUACCGUCGACGAUCAAAACAACCAGACUUGCAGGUCGCUGCAGGACCCUCGCUGCUCAAAUCGGCCGCAGGCCGAGUGAGGAUCCCACCGUGA